AUGAGCCAGAAAAGGGUGAAUAGCAGGACUAUUAAUUCCUUCUUCAGUACUAGUGCAAAAAAGUCAACAGGAGCACAGUCUGUACUAGAAAGCACUUCAACUAUAGAAACUGAUACUAGCUUUCCUUUGUGUUCUGGUACACACGUAGAGCCAAUACCUUCUCAAACUGAUUCUGUGUUGCCACUGUCUGUUGAUACCCCACCUCAAACUGGCAGUAUCCUAAUGAAUGACAUUGGCACACAUCUUGGGAAAACAAUUGAUGGUUUCACCAAAUGCUUGUUACUGGAAAAUCCAUGGCAACCUCCUCCUGGAUAUGAGCUACCUUUCUCUGUUCAGAACAUGACUUCCAAAAAUGGAGAAGCUCGGACAAUCAAACAAUACUUGUCAAAACAACAUAUUGACAGUUUUCCAUGGCUAGUAUAUUCAGCUGUUAAGAAGGGUUUGUUUUGCAAGUACUGUGCAUUGUUUGCACAACAUCGCAAAGGUGGUCAUAACAAAGGCAUGGCACUUGGAAAAUUGGUAACUGAGCCCCUUACGAAUUUUAAAAAGCUUAAGGGUAAGGAAGGAGAUUUGGAAGUCCAUGCAAGACUUGUUUAUCACCAGGAGAGUGUAACCGAAGGAAAAGCAUUUUUAAAAACCUACCAUUCCCCUGACAAUGAAAUUGUCAAUCAAAUAAAUUCUCACGUCUUCAGAAGGUGA